AUGUUAUCUCUACCAACCCCAGACGAGUUACACAAUUAUACUAUUGAAGAAACGAUUCACUGCGACGGAAUAUUGCUAUGUAAGUGUAUUGAUAAACGAAAACGGUUUAAGAAUCGGUCCAAUGGUUAUACACCUCGUUAUUUAUAUGAUGAGGCAACUACAACUAAAAAGCUCGCAGUCUGGAACCCGGUUUUGAGCCAAGGCAUAUGGAUCGAACCUUCGAGUCCUUACAAAGCUCGUGAGUUCUACGGUUUUGGAUAUGACAAUGUAUCCCGUGACAACUAUAAGAUCUUGAGAAUCCAUACCAAGUCUGAUGGUUAUGGAGGCAAAUCAUCACCAGAGAUAUAUGAGUUUAAGUCUAAGCUCUGGAGAAGUGUUGAUGCUACUCUCGACUGGUAUCCACUGGGGGGAGCUGUGUCUAUGAAUGGAGACGUGUAUUGGAUUGCUGAAAAGAAUAUUGGUUACUACAAAACCGAACUGCUCAUCCAGAGUUUUGAUUUUUCCACAGAAACAUUCAAGCCAAUAUGUUCUGUUCCAGAUGGAGUUGAUUAUUCUCGUUUGAGUAAUAGGAUUACGACACCCUUGUCAGAUUACGGAGGAGAUAGGAUUACGAUAGCUUUGUCAGGUUACGGAGGAGAUAGGCUUUCUAUCUUACAAGAACAUGAACAUGUGAAGUUUGAAGUGUGGGUUACAAGCAAGUUGACUGAUGAUGGGAUUGUCUUGUGGAGCAAGUACUUUAACCUAACUCCUUAUCCCCUGAUAUUAAUCUCCAAAUUUCGAACAAACUUCAUCCUCAAGACCAGGAAGAGUGAGAUCAUGUUAUGGUGCGAGGAAAGGCGUCUCAAGAAGAAAGAUAUUUACACCACUGUCUAUGAAUUGGGUGGUGAGGGUGAAAUAAAAAAACAAGUUGAGUUUACAAGACCAGGUGGUGAUACUUCUUGCGAUGGAUAUGUUCCAACAUGGGGUGAUGAUAGAUCUUGCAAUGUGUAUGUUCCAAGUCUAGUUCCUCUUCAACCAUAA